CUCGGACCACGUGAUCUCAUUGCAUCAGACAGCGCAAGCGCAGUGACAGGAACACCCAUGUGGUGGUGUUUGCUAGGCAAGUUGACGUCUUUCUGCUUCAUUGAAAGAUAUGGCCACCCUCUACGUGUCUCCUCAUCCUGAUCAUUUCAGGAGUCUUCUGGCUCUCAUAGCUGCAGAGUUUUCUCCUUCAUCCCGUCCACAGAUCAUCACAGAGGACCCACCUUCCUCCCUGAAUGUCCACUCAAGACCAGCCCUUAGACUCGGUACUGGUGUGAGCGACUCUGUCCUGUGUGGCGGGUCUGCCGUGGCCUGGUACCUGGCUUCUCAGGGGAAGAGGGCAGGUGUCGAUCUGAAGCAGCAGAGCCAGGUGUGGCAGUGGCUCAGCUUUGCAGAAAAUGAGCUCACCCCAUUGUCUUGUGCUGUAGCAUUCCCUUUGAUGGGAGUCACGGGAGUCGAUAAAAAGAUUCAGCAGAACUCCCGGGCAGAGCUGAUGGGUAUUCUAAACGUUCUUGAUCAGGCGCUUGCACCUAGAACCUUCUUGGUGGGAGAAAGCAUCACUCUUGCAGAUAUGGCUGUAGCUACAGCUGUUCUCCUGCCUUUUAAAUAUGCUUUGGAGCCCUCAGACAGGAAGUUGAUAAUCAAUGUAACCAGAUGGUUCACAACCUGCAUUAAUCAGCCCCAGUUCCUGGCGGUGCUUGGGGAGAUACCUCUGUGCGAAAGGGCUGUGUCUGUAACGCCAAACACCAAUGCUGCUGCAAAAGCCAAAAAUGCACAGACUACUCCAGGUGUGGACUCAGCUGCUGCUGCUGCUGCUGUUGUUGCUGCUGCUACUAAUGGCCCACCAAAGACGGAGGCGCAGCUAAAAAAGGAGGCAAAGAAGAGAGAAAAGCUUGAAAAGUUUCAACAGAAGAAAGAAAUGGAGGCAAAGAAAAAGACACAACCAGCAGCAGAGAAAAAAGUUAAACCAGAAAAGAAAGAGCUUGGAGUGAUAACAUACAACAUCCCAACCCCUGCUGGAGAAAAAAAAGAUGUUGUCGGUUCUCUUCCUGACUCCUACAGUCCUCAGUAUGUGGAGGCUGCCUGGUACACAUGGUGGGAGAAGCAGGGCUUCUUCAAACCUGAGUAUGGGAGGAAAAGUGUUGGUGAGAAGAACCCUCGCGGCAUCUUCAUGAUGUGCAUCCCUCCUCCUAACGUGACAGGAUCCCUUCAUUUGGGUCACGCCCUCACCAACGCCAUUCAGGACUGUUUGACCCGAUGGCACAGGAUGCGAGGAGAGACCACCCUGUGGAACCCGGGCUGUGACCAUGCUGGCAUCGCCACGCAGGUGGUUGUGGAGAAGAAGCUGAUGAGAGAACGAGGUUUGAGCCGCCACGAUCUGGGGAGAGAGAACUUCAUUCAGGAGGUCUGGAAAUGGAAGAAUGAAAAGGGGGACCGCAUUUACCAUCAGCUGAAAAAACUGGGCUCCUCUCUGGACUGGGACAGAGCGUGCUUCACUAUGGAUCCGAAACUGUCCUAUGCAGUGCAGGAGGCCUUCAUCCGCAUGCACGAAGAUGGAGUGAUUUACCGGAGCAAAAGGCUGGUGAACUGGUCCUGCACUCUGAACUCUGCCAUCUCUGACAUAGAGGUGGAUAAAAAGGAGCUUUCUGGCAGGACUCUGCUGCCUGUGCCCGGUUACAAAGAUAAAGUGGAGUUUGGGGUCUUGGUGUCUUUUGCCUACAAAGUGGAGGGAUCAGAUGAGGAGGUGAUUGUGGCGACAACCCGUAUCGAGACCAUGUUGGGAGACACGGCCGUGGCCGUCCACCCUGCCGACCCCAGAUACCAGCAUCUGAAGGGGAAAAUGGUGCUGCAUCCCUUCUGCGAUCGGAAGAUGCCAAUAGUCUUGGAUGACUUUGUGGACAUGAGCUUUGGAACAGGUGCCGUCAAAAUCACCCCAGCACAUGACCAUAACGAUUAUGAGGUUGGAGAGAGGCACAGCCUGGCCUUCAUCAACAUCUUGGAUGAGAACGGCCUGCUCAUCAAUGUGCCCCCUCCCUUCCUGGGCAUGAAACGUUUUGAGGCCAGAAAAGCGGUGCUGCAGGCUCUCAAGGACAGAGGCCACUUUAAAGAGAUCAAAGACAACCCCAUGGUCGUCCCAGUUUGCAGUCGCUCUAAAGACAUCGUGGAGCCUCUGCUGAAGCCGCAGUGGUACGUGAGCUGCAGAGACAUGGGCAGGGAGGCUGCGGACGCCGUCAGAGAGGGAAGGCUCAAAAUCAUCCCUGAUCACCACCUCAAGACCUGGUUCAACUGGAUGGACAACAUCAGAGACUGGUGCAUCUCCCGACAGCUGUGGUGGGGUCACCGCAUUCCCGCCUAUUUCGUCACCGUCAGCGAUCCUUCUGUGAAAGCUGGAGAGGACAUGGACGGCCAUUACUGGGUAAGCGGACGGUCCGAGGUGGAGGCCAGGGAAAAAGCGGCAAAACGCUUCAACGUGUCUGCGGACAAAAUAACUCUCAGACAGGACGAGGAUGUUCUGGACACUUGGUUCUCGUCUGGCAUUUUUCCUUUCUCCAUCUUCGGUUGGCCUAAUGAGACUGAAGACCUGAAUGUUUUCUACCCCGGCACCCUGCUAGAAACGGGCCAUGACAUCUUGUUCUUCUGGGUUGCCCGCAUGGUGAUGAUGGGCCUCAAACUGACAGGCAAGCUGCCAUUUAAGGAGGUUUAUCUGCACGCGGUGGUGCGGGAUGCUCACGGAAGGAAGAUGAGCAAGUCUCUGGGCAACGUCAUUGACCCGCUUGAUGUCAUUACAGGGAUCUCCCUUGAGGGUCUCCAUGCUCAACUGACGGACAGCAACUUGGAUCCUGUGGAGGUGGAAAAGGCAAAGCAGGGACAGAAGUCAGACUACCCAAAUGGCAUCCCAGAGUGUGGGACAGAUGCUCUCCGCUUUGCCUUAUGCGCCUACACCAGUCAAGGAAGAGAUAUCAACCUUGAUGUAAAUCGUAUCUUGGGCUACCGUCACUUCUGCAAUAAACUAUGGAACGCUGUGAAGUUUGCCAUGAAGACACUAGGAGACACCUUUGUCCCGUUAGAGAAGGCACAGCUGUCGGGGGAGGAAAGUGUAUCCGACAGGUGGAUCUUAUCCAGGCUGAGUGCUGCUGUGGCGCUCUGUGACGCUGGCUUCAAGGCAUACGACUUCCCAGCCAUCACCACUGCCGUCUACAACUUCUGGCUCUACGAGCUCUGCGAUGUCUAUCUGGAAAGUGUUAAACCCGUGUUCAGUAAAGCAGAGGAAGAUGGGGACCGCCAGAGAGAAGCCAUGGUAUGCAGACAGACCCUGUACACCUGUCUAGAGGUGGGUCUCCGCCUUCUGUCUCCUUUGAUGCCCUUCGUCACUGAAGAACUGUACCAGAGGUUACCACGCCGACAGCCUCAGACUGACCCGCCCAGCAUCUGUGUGACGGCAUACCCAGACUCAAAAGAGUUCUGCUGGAACAGCGAGGAAGUUGACCUCAACAUGGAGUUCAUCAUGACUGUGGUCAGAACGAUCCGAUCGCUCAGAGCUGACUACAAUCUGACGAAGACUAAAGCUGACUGCUACCUUCAGUGCAUAGACUCUGCUACUGUGUCCCUGGUGCAGAAAUACAGUCUACAGAUCCAGACCUUGUCUUACUCUCAGGCCGUCAUCCCCCUGACAGCCAGCGAGCCCGUCCCACAAGGCUGCGCAGUGGCUAUCGCUUCUGACAGAUGCACCGUCAACCUUAUGCUCAAGGGUCUUAUUGAUGUGGAAAAGGAAGUGACAAAGCUGCUGACAAAGAAAGGCGACUUGGAGAAACAGCUGGAGAAACUGCAAGAGAAGAUGGCAAAGAGUGAUUACAAGGAGAAGGUUCCAGUGAAGGUGCAGGAGCAGGAUGCUGAGAAGCUACGACAGAGCCAGGCUGAACUUGAGAAAGUCAAAGAAGCCAUAGACAAUUUUAGGAAAAUGAUGUAAUUUCCACUCCUUAUUCCAAUGUAAAUCAGGAUGUAUUUUCCGGUUAAUGUUACUUUUUAAAUUCUCUGUGGAGGAAGUAAUUCAGUAAAUCACUUCAACAAUGA